AUGAUGAAGCCCAACCUCAGUGACAUAGUGAUUUUUGGUUCAACGUGCACAGUUCACUUGCACACAGUCCUCAAAUCUCUGGGUGCGCGUGAAAAGGCGGCGAUCAUCACCAUUAGGAACGAUGAGACAAAGGGGUACCGUGUCUUAUUGCUAAAGAAGUGUGUCGUCGUGGUCACGCAACUUGUGAAGAACAUUGGGAUCUUAAACACCAUUCAAAACAUCAAAGCACUUAAAGAACACGAUACUUCUAAAGGUCAGAAGGAUCCCAAGACGAUCACGACAAACGUUUAG